CGAAUAAUAAAUGGUAUUGCCCAAACUGAAUGAUAGACCAGUCCAUUUUAGAAAUUCAGCAGGGUAAAGGUUACGGGUGACCCUUCUUGAUGAUCAGUAAUUAUUCGGGAGUUAACUGAAUGUGUAAAUGUGUAAUUUUCUGUCUUUUGUAGAUCUGUACAGAUGGCAAACCAUGCGAUUUUGUAUAUCUUUGGAACGUUUUUUAUUAGCCAUCAUAUGGAGAAGGCAGGACACAGUUAAGUACAUAGUACAGAAAUGAAGUUGUACUAAAGUGACAUUCCUUAUAAUGCUAUUUACAAUAGAGAUGUUAUAAAACGUAGAAUGGAGCAUACAGAAGAAAAACCCUUUAGAUGUGAUAUUUGUGAUUUUGCAUGUAAUAAAAGUAAUAAUCUGAAGAGACAUAUGAUGGUACAUACUGGAGAAAAACCCUUUAAAUGUAAUGCUUGUGAUUAUGCAUGCUGUGACAGUAGUCGUCUGAAGACACAUAGGAGGAUACAUACUGGAGAGAAACCUUUUAAAUGUAAAGUUUGUGACUUUACAUGUAUUGGAAGCGGUAGUCUGAAGACACAUAUGAGGAUACAUACUGGAGGGAAACCCUUUAAAUGUAAUGUUUGUGAUUAUUCAUGUAUUGAAAGCGGUAGUCUGAAGAGACAUAUGAGAAAGCAUACUGGAGAGAAACCCUUUAAAUGUAAUGCUUGUGAUUUUGCAUGUAAUCGAAGAAAUAGUCUGAAGACACAUUUGAGGAUACAUACUGGAGAGAAACUCUAUAAAUGUUAUGCUUGUGAUUAUUCAUGUAUUCAAAGCGGUAAUUUGAAGAUACAUAUAAUGAUGCACACUGGAGAGAAACCUUUUAAAUGUAAUGCUUGUGAUUUUGCAUGUAAUCAAAGUAAUAAUCUGAAGACACAUGUGAGAAUACAUACUGAAGAGAAACCCUUUAAAUGUAGUACUUGUGAUUAUUCUUGUAGUAUUAGCUAUAGAUUGAAGAAACAUAUGAGGAUACAUACUUGAGAGAAACCCUUUAAAUGUAAUGCUUGUGAUUAUUCAUGUAUUGAAAGCUGUAGUCUGAAGAGACAUAUGAGAAAACAUACUGGAGAGAAACCCUUUAAAUGUAAUACUUGUGAUUUUGCAUGUAAUCGAAGAAAUAAUCUGAGGAUACAUAUGAGGAUACAUACUGGAGAGAAACCCUUUAAAUGUAAUACUUGUGAUUAUGCAUGCUACGCAAGUAGUAGUCUGAAGACACAUAUGAGGAUACAUACUGGAGAGAAAACUUUUAGAUGUAAUACUUGUGAUUAUGCAUGCUCUAAUAGCGGUAAUUUGAAGGAACAUAUGAGAAUACAUACUGGAGAGAAACCUAUGACAGAAACCCUUUUAAUGUAAUACUUGUGAUUAUUCAUGUAUUGAAAGCUGUAGUCUGAAGAUACAUAUGAGAAU